AUGGACGGGGACGGCGAGCGUGGGACGGACGGGAGCGAGGCGUUGGCGAAAGAGGGGGCGGAAGGGGAGGCGGUUAAAGGUGGGAGAACGGGCGGAGCUGCACAGGAAGAUGUAGUAAUUACGAUGGGGGAGGGAAGAAACGGUGUUGAUAGCUUCCCGCUGAACCUUGGUAAGACUGAGAAAGUACAAGGUGGGGGCACAGAGGAGGUGGCGGGGAGAGAGGAGGAGGAGGAGGAAGGGGUGGAGGAGAGCGAGUUGCGGGAUGUGGUGGCACCGAUGCCGGUGAUUGGGGGGGAAGCACAGGGUGCAUGUGGGGGUGGUGCGGAGAGCAGUGGGGCGGAGUUGAGGGGGGAGGUGGCAGCAGCAGGGGUGGCAGCGGGCAAGGCAAGGCGGCGUGUGCGGUUUGAGGAGGGGGAGAAGGGCCUGCAUGGGCUGGCAGCGCUGAGGCUGCGGCAGCACGUGCCCCCGCGCACACAGGCGGCAGCAGAGGACGGGUCGGUGGGGGGCAGCAAGGGGGGAGGGGCAGAGGCAGGCGUGGGGUGGGCGGGUGGCAGGGCAAGCGAUGGCGGCAGCAGCAGUGCUGGUGGGCUGGCUGGUGGAGGGCUGCUUGGGCGACCUCCCCCGUUGGCGCGAGCCACUAGUGACUGCUCGUGGGAGAUGCGGCGAGUGGCCUUACUGGGGGCACAGCACGGCACUCCACGCGCAUCUGCCGCUCACUCGCACCUCAAGUUCUCAGACGCCCUGGACCAGCUCGAGCACCAGCUGGGCCAGUCCAGCCCAACCAGGGAGGACGCCGCCUCUCACGCCAACGACUGGGACGACCAACCAUGCCCGGUAUGGAGCUUCCAAGGGUUAUCAGCCGAGGGAAAUGCGGCAACGGGGGCAGCAGAAGUCGAGGGUGGGGUCACAGAGGGGGUGGUGGAGAGGGAGGAGGAGAAGGAAGGGGUGGUUGCAGUGGGGGAGGAGGAGGAGGAAGGGGUGGAGGAGAGCGAGUUGCGGGAUGUGGUGGCACCGAUGCCGGUGAUUGGGGGGGAAGCACAGGGUGCAUGUGGGGGUGGUGCGGAGAGCAGUGGGGCGGAGUUGAGGGGGGAGGUGGCAGCAGCAGGGGUGGCAGCGGGCAAGGCAAGGCGGCGUGUGCGGUUUGAGGAGGGGGAGAAGGGCCUGCAUGGGCUGGCAGCGCUGAGGCUGCGGCAGCACGUGCCCCCGCGCACACAGGCGGCAGCAGAGGACGGGUCGGUGGGGGGCAGCAAGGGGGGAGGGGCAGAGGCAGGCGUGGGGUGGGCGGGUGGCAGGGCAAGCGAUGGCGGCAGCAGCAGUGCUGGUGGGCUGGCUGGUGGAGGGCUGCUUGGGCGACCUCCCCCGUUGGCGCGAGCCACUAGUGACUGCUCGUGGGAGAUGCGGCGAGUGGCCUUACUGGGGGCACAGCACGGCACUCCACGCGCAUCUGCCGCUCACUCGCACCUCAAGUUCUCAGACGCCCUGGACCAGCUCGAGCACCAGCUGGGCCAGUCCAGCCCAACCAGGGAGGACGCCGCCUCUCACGCCAACGACUGGGACGACCAACCAUGCCCGGUAUGGAGCUUCCAAGGGUUAUCAGCCGAGGGAAAUGCGGCAACGGGGGCAGCAGAAGUCGAGGGUGGGGUCACAGAGGGGGUGGUGGAGAGGGAGGAGGAGAAGGAAGGGGUGGUUGCAGUGGGGGAGGAGGAGGAGGAAGGGGUGGAGGAGAGCGAGUUGCGGGAUGUGGUGGCACCGAUGCCGGUGAUUGGGGGGGAAGCACAGGGUGCAUGUGGGGGUGGUGCGGAGAGCAGUGGGGCGGAGUUGAGGGGGGAGGUGGCAGCAGCAGGGGUGGCAGCGGGCAAGGCAAGGCGGCGUGUGCGGUUUGAGGAGGGGGAGAAGGGCCUGCAUGGGCUGGCAGCGCUGAGGCUGCGGCAGCACGUGCCCCCGCGCACACAGGCGGCAGCAGAGGACGGGUCGGUGGGGGGCAGCAAGGGGGGAGGGGCAGAGGCAGGCGUGGGGUGGGCGGGUGGCAGGGCAAGCGAUGGCGGCAGCAGCAGUGCUGGUGGGCUGGCUGGUGGAGGGCUGCUUGGGCGACCUCCCCCGUUGGCGCGAGCCACUAGUGACUGCUCGUGGGAGAUGCGGCGAGUGGCCUUACUGGGGGCACAGCACGGCACUCCACGCGCAUCUGCCGCUCACUCGCACCUCAAGUUCUCAGACGCCCUGGACCAGCUCGAGCACCAGCUGGGCCAGUCCAGCCCAACCAGGGAGGACGCCGCCUCUCACGCCAACGACUGGGACGACCAACCAUGCCCGGUGUGGAGCUCCCAAGGGCCAGCAGCAGAGGGAAAGGCGGCAGUGGGGGCAGAGAGAGGCGAGGGUGGGGGCACAGAGGAGGUGGUGGGGAGGAAGGAGGAGGAGGAGAAGGAAGGGGUGGUUGCAGUGGGGGAGGAGGAGGAGGAGGAAGGGGUGGAGGAGAGCGAGUUGCGGGAUGUGGUGGCACCCAUGCCGGUGAUUGGGGGGGAAGCACAGGGUGCACGUGGGGGUGGUGCGGAGAGCAGUGGGGCGGAGUUGAGGGGGGAGGUGGCAGCAGCAGGGGUGGCAGCGGGCAAGGCAAGGCGGCGUGUGCGGUUUGAGGAGGGGGAGAAGGGCCUGCAUGGGCUGGCAGCGCUGAGGCUGCGGCAGCACGUGCCCCCGCGCACACAGGCGGCAGCAGAGGACGGGUCGGUGGGGGGCAGCAAGGGGGGAGGGGCAGAGGCAGGCGUGGGGUGGGCGGGUGGCAGGGCAAGCGAUGGCGGCAGCAGCAGUGCUGGUGGGCUGGCUGGUGGAGGGCUGCUUGGGCGACCUCCCCCGUUGGCGCGAGCCACUAGUGACUGCUCGUGGGAGAUGCGGCGAGUGGCCUUACUGGGGGCACAGCACGGCACUCCACGCGCAUCUGCCGCUCACUCGCACCUCAAGUUCUCAGACGCCCUGGACCAGCUCGAGCACCAGCUGGGCCAGUCCAGCCCAACCAGGGAGGACGCCGCCUCUCACGCCAACGACUGGGACGACCAACCAUGCCCGGUGUGGAGCUCCCAAGGGCCAGCAGCAGAGGGAAAGGCGGCAGUGGGGGCAGAGAGAGGCGAGGGUGGGGGCACAGAGGAGGUGGUGGGGAGGAAGGAGGAGGAGGAGAAGGAAGGGGUGGUUGCAGUGGGGGAGGAGGAGGAGGAGGAAGGGGUGGAGGAGAGCGAGUUGCGGGAUGUGGUGGCACCCAUGCCGGUGAUUGGGGGGGAAGCACAGGGUGCACGUGGGGGUGGUGCGGAGAGCAGUGGGGCGGAGUUGAGGGGGGAGGUGGCAGCAGCAGGGGUGGCAGCGGGCAAGGCAAGGCGGCGUGUGCGGUUUGAGGAGGGGGAGAAGGGCCUGCAUGGGCUGGCAGCGCUGAGGCUGCGGCAGCACGUGCCCCUGCGCACACAGGCGGCAGCAGAGGACGGGUCGGUGGGGGGCAGCAAGGGGGGAGGGGCAGAGGCAGGCGUGGGGUGGGCGGGUGGCAGGGCAAGCGAUGGCGGCAGCAGCAGUGCUGGUGGGCUGGCUGGUGGAGGGCUGCUUGGGCGACCUCCCCCGUUGGCGCGAGCCACUAGUGACUGCUCGUGGGAGAUGCGGCGAGUGGCCUUACUGGGGGCACAGCACGGCACUCCACGCGCAUCUGCCGCUCACUCGCACCUCAAGUUCUCAGACGCCCUGGACCAGCUCGAGCACCAGCUGGGCCAGUCCACCCCAACCAGGGAGGACGCCGCCUCUCACGCCAACGACUGGGACGACCAACCAUGCCCGGUGUGGAGCUCCCAAGGGCCAGCAGCAGAGGGAAAGGCGGCAGUGGGGGCAGAGAGAGGCGAGGGUGGGGGCACAGAGGAGGUGGUGGGGAGGAAGGAGGAGGAGGAGAAGGAAGGGGUGGUUGCAGUGGGGGAGGAGGAGGAGGAGGAAGGGGUGGAGGAGAGCGAGUUGCGGGAUGUGGUGGCACCCAUGCCGGUGAUUGGGGGGGAAGCACAGGGUGCACGUGGGGGUGGUGCGGAGAGCAGUGGGGCGGAGUUGAGGGGGGAGGUGGCAGCAGCAGGGGUGGCAGCGGGCAAGGCAAGGCGGCGUGUGCGGUUUGAGGAGGGGGAGAAGGGCCUGCAUGGGCUGGCAGCGCUGAGGCUGCGGCAGCACGUGCCCCUGCGCACACAGGCGGCAGCAGAGGACGGGUCGGUGGGGGGCAGCAAGGGGGGAGGGGCAGAGGCAGGCGUGGGGUGGGCGGGUGGCAGGGCAAGCGAUGGCGGCAGCAGCAGUGCUGGUGGGCUGGCUGGUGGAGGGCUGCUUGGGCGACCUCCCCCGUUGGCGCGAGCCACUAGUGACUGCUCGUGGGAGAUGCGGCGAGUGGCCUUACUGGGGGCACAGCACGGCACUCCACGCGCAUCUGCCGCUCACUCGCACCUCAAGUUCUCAGACGCCCUGGACCAGCUCGAGCACCAGCUGGGCCAGUCCACCCCAACCAGGGAGGACGCCGCCUCUCACGCCAACGACUGGGACGACCAACCAUGCCCGGUGUGGAGCUCCCAAGGGCCAGCAGCAGAGGGAAAGGCGGCAGUGGGGGCAGAGAGAGGCGAGGGUGGGGGCACAGAGGAGGUGGUGGGGAGGAAGGAGGAGGAGGAGAAGGAAGGGGUGGUUGCAGUGGGGGAGGAGGAGGAGGAGGAAGGGGUGGAGGAGAGCGAGUUGCGGGAUGUGGUGGCACCCAUGCCGGUGAUUGGGGGGGAAGCACAGGGUGCAUGUGGGGGUGGUGCGGAGAGCAGUGGGGCGGAGUUGAGGGGGGAGGUGGCAGCAGCAGGGGUGGCAGCGGGCAAGGCAAGGCGGCGUGUGCGGUUUGAGGAGGGGGAGAAGGGCCUGCAUGGGCUGGCAGCGCUGAGGCUGCGGCAGCACGUGCCCCCGCGCACACAGGCGGCAGCAGAGGACGGGUCGGUGGGGGGCAGCAAGGGGGGAGGGGCAGAGGCAGGCGUGGGGUGGGCGGGUGGCAGGGCAAGCGAUGGCGGCAGCAGCAGUGCUGGUGGGCUGGCUGGUGGAGGGCUGCUUGGGCGACCUCCCCCGUUGGCGCGAGCCACUAGUGACUGCUCGUGGGAGAUGCGGCGAGUGGCCUUACUGGGGGCACAGCACGGCACUCCACGCGCAUCUGCCGCUCACUCGCACCUCAAGUUCUCAGACGCCCUGGACCAGCUCGAGCACCAGCUGGGCCAGUCCAGCCCAACCAGGGAGGACGCCGCCUCUCACGCCAACGACUGGGACGACCAACCAUGCCCGGUGUGGAGCUCCCAAGGGCCAGCAGCAGAGGGAAAGGCGGCAGUGGGGGCAGAGAGAGGCGAGGGUGGGGGCACAGAGGAGGUGGUGGGGAGGAAGGAGGAGGAGGAGAAGGAAGGGGUGGUUGCAGUGGGGGAGGAGGAGGAGGAGGAAGGGGUGGAGGAGAGCGAGUUGCGGGAUGUGGUGGCACCCAUGCCGGUGAUUGGGGGGGAAGCACAGGGUGCACGUGGGGGUGGUGCGGAGAGCAGUGGGGCGGAGUUGAGGGGGGAGGUGGCAGCAGCAGGGGUGGCAGCGGGCAAGGCAAGGCGGCGUGUGCGGUUUGAGGAGGGGGAGAAGGGCCUGCAUGGGCUGGCAGCGCUGAGGCUGCGGCAGCACGUGCCCCCGCGCACACAGGCGGCAGCAGAGGACGGGUCGGUGGGGGGCAGCAAGGGGGGAGGGGCAGAGGCAGGCGUGGGGUGGGCGGGUGGCAGGGCAAGCGAUGGCGGCAGCAGCAGUGCUGGUGGGCUGGCUGGUGGAGGGCUGCUUGGGCGACCUCCCCCGUUGGCGCGAGCCACUAGUGACUGCUCGUGGGAGAUGCGGCGAGUGGCCUUACUGGGGGCACAGCACGGCACUCCACGCGCAUCUGCCGCUCACUCGCACCUCAAGUUCUCAGACGCCCUGGACCAGCUCGAGCACCAGCUGGGCCAGUCCAGCCCAACCAGGGAGGACGCCGCCUCUCACGCCAACGACUGGGACGACCAACCAUGCCCGGUGUGGAGCUCCCAAGGGCCAGCAGCAGAGGGAAAGGCGGCAGUGGGGGCAGAGAGAGGCGAGGGUGGGGGCACAGAGGAGGUGGUGGGGAGGAAGGAGGAGGAGGAGAAGGAAGGGGUGGUUGCAGUGGGGGAGGAGGAGGAGGAGGAGAAGGAAGGGGUGGUUGCAGUGGGGGAGGAGGAGGAGGAGGAAGGGGUGGAGGAGAGCGAGUUGCGGGAUGUGGUGGCACCCAUGCCGGUGAUUGGGGGGGAAGCACAGGGUGCAUGUGGGGGUGGUGCGGAGAGCAGUGGGGCGGAGUUGAGGGGGGAGGUGGCAGCAGCAGGGGUGGCAGCGGGCAAGGCAAGGCGGCGUGUGCGGUUUGAGGAGGGGGAGAAGGGCCUGCAUGGGCUGGCAGCGCUGAGGCUGCGGCAGCACGUGCCCCCGCGCACACAGGCGGCAGCAGAGGACGGGUCGGUGGGGGGCAGCAAGGGGGGAGGGGCAGAGGCAGGCGUGGGGUGGGCGGGUGGCAGGGCAAGCGAUGGCGGCAGCAGCAGUGCUGGUGGGCUGGCUGGUGGAGGGCUGCUUGGGCGACCUCCCCCGUUGGCGCGAGCCACUAGUGACUGCUCGUGGGAGAUGCGGCGAGUGGCCUUACUGGGGGCACAGCACGGCACUCCACGCGCAUCUAUCGCUCACUCGCACCUCAAGUUCUCAGACGCCCUGGACCAGCUCGAGCACCAGCUGGGCCAGUCCAGCCCAACCAGGGAGGACGCCGCCUCUCACGCCAACGACUGGGACGACCAACCAUGCCCGGUGUGGAGCUCCCAAGGGCCAGCAGCAGAGGGAAAGGCGGCAGUGGGGGCAGAGAGAGGCGAGGGUGGGGGCACAGAGGAGGUGGUGGGGAGGAAGGAGGAGGAGGAGAAGGAAGGGGUGGUUGCAGUGGGGGAGGAGGAGGAGGAGGAAGGGGUGGAGGAGAGCGAGUUGCGGGAUGUGGUGGCACCCAUGCCGGUGAUUGGGGGGGAAGCACAGGGUGCACGUGGGGGUGGUGCGGAGAGCCGUGGGGCGGAGUUGAGGGGGGAGGUGGCAGCAGCAGGGGUGGCAGCGGGCAAGGCAAGGCGGCGUGUGCGGUUUGAGGAGGGGGAGAAGGGCCUGCAUGGGCUGGCAGCGCUGAGGCUGCGGCAGCACGUGCCCCCGCGCACACAGGCGGCAGCAGAGGACGGGUCGGUGGGGGGCAGCAAGGGGGGAGGGGCAGAGGCAGGCGUGGGGUGGGCGGGUGGCAGGGCAAGCGAUGGCGGCAGCAGCAGUGCUGGUGGGCUGGCUGGUGGAGGGCUGCUUGGGCGACCUCCCCCGUUGGCGCGAGCCACUAGUGACUGCUCGUGGGAGAUGCGGCGAGUGGCCUUACUGGGGGCACAGCACGGCACUCCACGCGCAUCUGCCGCUCACUCGCACCUCAAGUUCUCAGACGCCCUGGACCAGCUCGAGCACCAGCUGGGCCAGUCCAGCCCAACCAGGGAGGACGCCGCCUCUCACGCCAACGACUGGGACGACCAACCAUGCCCGGUGUGGAGCUCCCAAGGGCCAGCAGCAGAGGGAAAGGCGGCAGUGGGGGCAGAGAGAGGCGAGGGUGGGGGCACAGAGGAGGUGGUGGGGAGGAAGGAGGAGGAGGAGAAGGAAGGGGUGGUUGCAGUGGGGGAGGAGGAGGAGGAGGAAGGGGUGGAGGAGAGCGAGUUGCGGGAUGUGGUGGCACCCAUGCCGGUGAUUGGGGGGGAAGCACAGGGUGCACGUGGGGGUGGUGCGGAGAGCAGUGGGGCGGAGUUGAGGGGGGAGGUGGCAGCAGCAGGGGUGGCAGCGGGCAAGGCAAGGCGGCGUGUGCGGUUUGAGGAGGGGGAGAAGGGCCUGCAUGGGCUGGCAGCGCUGAGGCUGCGGCAGCACGUGCCCCCGCGCACACAGGCGGCAGCAGAGGACGGGUCGGUGGGGGGCAGCAAGGGGGGAGGGGCAGAGGCAGGCGUGGGGUGGGCGGGUGGCAGGGCAAGCGAUGGCGGCAGCAGCAGUGCUGGUGGGCUGGCUGGUGGAGGGCUGCUUGGGCGACCUCCCCCGUUGGCGCGAGCCACUAGUGACUGCUCGUGGGAGAUGCGGCGAGUGGCCUUACUGGGGGCACAGCACGGCACUCCACGCGCAUCUGCCGCUCACUCGCACCUCAAGUUCUCAGACGCCCUGGACCAGCUCGAGCACCAGCUGGGCCAGUCCAGCCCAACCAGGGAGGACGCCGCCUCUCACGCCAACGACUGGGACGACCAACCAUGCCCGGUGUGGAGCUCCCAAGGGCCAGCAGCAGAGGGAAAGGCGGCAGUGGGGGCAGAGAGAGGCGAGGGUGGGGGCACAGAGGAGGUGGUGGGGAGGAAGGAGGAGGAGGAGAAGGAAGGGGUGGUUGCAGUGGGGGAGGAGGAGGAGGAGGAAGGGGUGGAGGAGAGCGAGUUGCGGGAUGUGGUGGCACCCAUGCCGGUGAUUGGGGGGGAAGCACAGGGUGCAUGUGGGGGUGGUGCGGAGAGCAGUGGGGCGGAGUUGAGGGGGGAGGUGGCAGCAGCAGGGUUGGCAGCGGGCAAGGCAAGGCGGCGUGUGCGGUUUGAGGAGGGGGAGAAGGGCCUGCAUGGGCUGGCAGCGCUGAGGCUGCGGCAGCACAUGCCCCCGCGCACACAGGCGGCAGCAGAGGACGGGUCGGUGGGGGGCAGCAAGGGGGGAGGGGCAGAGGCAGGCGUGGGGUGGGCGGGUGGCAGGGCAAGCGAUGGCGGCAGCAGCAGUGCUGGUGGGCUGGCUGGUGGAGGGCUGCUUGGGCGACCUCCCCCGUUGGCGCGAGCCACUAGUGACUGCUCGUGGGAGAUGCGGCGAGUGGCCUUACUGGGGGCACAGCACGGCACUCCACGCGCAUCUGCCGCUCACUCGCACCUCAAGUUCUCAGACGCCCUGGACCAGCUCGAGCACCAGCUGGGCCAGUCCACCCCAACCAGGGAGGACGCCGCCUCUCACGCCAACGACUGGGACGACCAACCAUGCCCGGUGUGGAGCUCCCAAGGGCCAGCAGCAGAGGGAAAGGCGGCAGUGGGGGCAGAGGGAGGCGAGGGUGGGGGCACAGAGGAGGUGGUAGGGAGGAAGGAGGAGAAGGAGAAGGAAGAGGUGGUUGCAGUGGGGGAGGAGGAGGAGGAAGGGGUGGAGGAGAGCGAGUUGCGGGAUGUGGUGGCACCCAUGCCGGUGAUUGGGGGGGAAGCACAGGGUGCAUGUGGGGGUGGUGCGGAGAGCAGUGGGGCGGAGUUGAGGGGGGAGGUGGCAGCAGCAGGGUUGGCAGCGGGCAAGGCAAGGCGGCGUGUGCGGUUUGAGGAGGGGGAGAAGGGCCUGCAUGGGCUGGCAGCGCUGAGGCUGCGGCAGCACGUGCCCCCGCGCACACAGGCGGCAGCAGAGGACGGGUCGGUGGGGGGCAGCAAGGGGGGAGGGGCAGAGGCAGGCGUGGGGUGGGCGGGUGGCAGGGCAAGCGAUGGCGGCAGCAGCAGUGCUGGUGGGCUGGCUGGUGGAGGGCUGCUUGGGCGACCUCCCCCGUUGGCGCGAGCCACUAGUGACUGCUCGUGGGAGAUGCGGCGAGUGGCCUUACUGGGGGCACAGCACGGCACUCCACGCGCAUCUGCCGCUCACUCGCACCUCAAGUUCUCAGACGCCCUGGACCAGCUCGAGCACCAGCUGGGCCAGUCCACCCCAACCAGGGAGGACGCCGCCUCUCACGCCAACGACUGGGACGACCAACCAUGCCCGGUGUGGAGCUCCCAAGGGCCAGCAGCAGAGGGAAAGGCGGCAGUGGGGGCAGAGGGAGGCGAGGGUGGGGGCACAGAGGAGGUGGUAGGGAGGAAGGAGGAGGAGGAGAAGGAAGAGGUGGUUGCAGUGGGGGAGGAGGAGGAGGAAGGGGUGGAGGAGAGCGAGUUGCGGGAUGUGGUGGCACCCAUGCCGGUGAUUGGGGGGGAAGCACAGGGUGCAUGUGGGGGUGGUGCGGAGAGCAGUGGGGCGGAGUUGAGGGGGGAGGUGGCAGCAGCAGGGUUGGCAGCGGGCAAGGCAAGGCGGCGUGUGCGGUUUGAGGAGGGGGAGAAGGGCCUGCAUGGGCUGGCAGCGCUGAGGCUGCGGCAGCACGUGCCCCCGCGCACACAGGUGGCAGCAGAGGACGGGUCGGUGGGGGGCAGCAAGGGGGGAGGGGCAGAGGCAGGCGUGGGGUGGGCGGGUGGCAGGGCAAGCGAUGGCGGCAGCAGCAGUGCUGGUGGGCUGGCUGGUGGAGGGCUGCUUGGGCGACCUCCCCCGUUGGCGCGAGCCACUAGUGACUGCUCGUGGGAGAUGCGGCGAGUGGCCUUACUGGGGGCACAGCACGGCACUCCACGCGCAUCUGCCGCUCACUCGCACCUCAAGUUCUCAGACGCCCUGGACCAGCUCGAGCACCAGCUGGGCCAGUCCACCCCAACCAGGGAGGACGCCGCCUCUCACGCCAACGACUGGGACGACCAACCAUGCCCGGUGUGGAGCUCCCAAGGGCCAGCAGCAGAGGGAAAGGCGGCAGUGGGGGCAGAGGGAGGCGAGGGUGGGGGCACAGAGGAGGUGGUAGGGAGGAAGGAGGAGGAGGAGAAGGAAGAGGUGGUUGCAGUGGGGGAGGAGGAGGAGGAAGGGGUGGAGGAGAGCGAGUUGCGGGAUGUGGUGGCACCCAUGCCGGUGAUUGGGGGGGAAGCACAGGGUGCAUGUGGGGGUGGUGCGGAGAGCAGUGGGGCGGAGUUGAGGGGGGAGGUGGCAGCAGCAGGGUUGGCAGCGGGCAAGGCAAGGCGGCGUGUGCGGUUUGAGGAGGGGGAGAAGGGCCUGCAUGGGCUGGCAGCGCUGAGGCUGCGGCAGCACGUGCCCCCGCGCACACAGGCGGCAGCAGAGGACGGGUCGGUGGGGGGCAGCAAGGGGGGAGGGGCAGAGGCAGGCGUGGGGUGGGCGGGUGGCAGGGCAAGCGAUGGCGGCAGCAGCAGUGCUGGUGGGCUGGCUGGUGGAGGGCUGCUUGGGCGACCUCCCCCGUUGGCGCGAGCCACUAGUGACUGCUCGUGGGAGAUGCGGCGAGUGGCCUUACUGGGGGCACAGCACGGCACUCCACGCGCAUCUGCCGCUCACUCGCACCUCAAGUUCUCAGACGCCCUGGACCAGCUCGAGCACCAGCUGGGCCAGUCCACCCCAACCAGGGAGGACGCCGCCUCUCACGCCAACGACUGGGACGACCAACCAUGCCCGGUGUGGAGCUCCCAAGGGCCAGCAGCAGAGGGAAAGGCGGCAGUGGGGGCCGAGGGAGGCGAGGGUGGGGGCACAGAGGAGGUGGUGGGGAGGAAGGAGGAGGAGGAGAAGGAAGGGGUGGUCGCAGUGGGGGAGGAGGAGGAGGAAGGGGUGGAGGAGAGCGAGUUGCGGGAUGUGGUGGCACCCAUGCCGGUGAUUGGGGGGGAAGCACAGGGUGCAUGUGGGGGUGGUGCGGAGAGCAGUGGGGCGGAGUUGAGGGGGGAGGUGGCAGCAGCAGGGUUGGCAGCGGGCAAGGCAAGGCGGCGUGUGCGGUUUGAGGAGGGGGAGAAGGGCCUGCAUGGGCUGGCAGCGCUGAGGCUGCGGCAGCACGUGCCCCCGCGCACACAGGCGGCAGCAGAGGACGGGUCGGUGGGGGGCAGCAAGGGGGGAGGGGCAGAGGCAGGCGUGGGGUGGGCGGGUGGCAGGGCAAGCGAUGGCGGCAGCAGCAGUGCUGGUGGGCUGGCUGGUGGAGGGCUGCUUGGGCGACCUCCCCCAUUGGCGCGAGCCACUAGUGACUGCUCGUGGGAGAUGCGGCGAGUGGCCUUACUGGGGGCACAGCACGGCACUCCACGCGCAUCUGCCGCUCACUCGCACCUCAAGUUCUCAGACGCCCUGGACCAGCUCGAGCACCAGCUGGGCCAGUCCACCCCCGCACAGCACCAGCAAGAGGAGCACGCCCACCACGCACUCACGGAGGACUUGGUGUCUGAACUUCCUGAUGAAAUGGGUCACUCUUAUUGUGACUAG